AAACUUGGCAAUUUCGACAUACGAUACUUUACGUAGGAGGGGGUCAAUAUGUUUACAUUGGUUUAUCUUGUACCAGGUAAGACGAGCCUUGGACUCGAUGGGCUGCUUCCGCGACAUCGGUGUAUUCAUCGACGUCUCCUCGGGACCUGGGGCCACUCCAGAGGGACUCGAGGUGACGUUCCAGGUGCGCGAGUUGUCCCGCGUCGUGGGUGGCGUGAAUACCACGGUGUCAGAAAACGAGGGUAACCUUGUGCUAGGUGUGAAACUGCCAAAUUUAUUGGGUCGAGGUGAACGCGUGAGCGCAGAGUACACUCUGGGGUACCGCUCCUCGUCAAACUUCAGCAUCACCGCCACCAAACCCUACCCGCAUCGCCCACUCGCUGCACAGCUGUCAGCGUCAGUGUACCAGCAAAAUCAUGAGUACCCGUGGUCGGGCUACCGCCUGCUAGAUCGCGGACUGCUGCUCGACUUGGCGUUCCGAACAUCCCCCGCCACAAAGCACAGUCUCCAGUGGGAGGGAGUGGUAAGAGAUACAGCGGUGCUUAGCAAAACUACUUCCUUCCGUGUUAGAGAGAGCAGCGGUCCCCAAAUGAAGUCGAUCCUUCGACACAUAGUGACGGUGGACCACCGCGACGAACCAAUCUUCCCCAGUAAGGGUACAUGGGUGCAGUUCUCCAGUGAGGUAUGCGGUUUGGGCGGUGGAGUGGCCAAUCUAAAAACUGAAUUGCAGGCACAGAGCAACGUCUCCAUAGCUCCUAACGUUGUGUUCCAAGUGUCCGGCGCGAUAGGCGUACUACACGACAUGUUCGGCACAGAAAUCCCAGACCAUUACUUCCUGGGUGGUCCCACGUCGGUGCGGGGAUUCGCCAUGAGAGGCCUCGGACCGCACAGUGACAACCAAGCCACAGGGGGAAAGGUAUACU